AUGGGUAAAACAUGCCAGAUAUGUGAAUUCCCUAUAAAUAAAGGUGAAAAAGAAAUUAUUAAAUGUCAGAAAUGUAACACUUGUAUUCAUACGAUUUGUGAAAGAGACAAUGACGUUUUGCAUACUGAUGGAAAGUUUUAUUGUAAAAAUCACGACAAAAAACGUCGUAAAAAUGCCCAACUUACUGAACCCCCUCUUCCCGUUGCUCCAUCAAAUACUUUCCCUAAACCGACCACUUACACCGAUAAUAAAAAGUCAAAAAAAAGUGAUAAAGUCAAUAGGAAAGAAAAUUUGAAUCAUGAACAAGUCCUACAGCUAUCUCAACAAAUUAUAUCACUUCUUGAAUCAUCUGUUGUAUCGAUUCCACCAGGACAAUCGACCAGCAACGAUAUUGGAGAUGAGCAAGAAGAAGAAAGUGAGUCAGAGGACGGAGAUAAUGAUGAUGGUCUGAACGAAGAUGAGAUUGGAAAUAAUGGGCGCAAAGAAAUGCAGCCACCUCAAAACACGAUAAAGAAAUCAGCUAAGCGCAUGCCAAAUCGUCCAGGAUCUAAUAACCCACCAGGUUGUUUAUCAAAAAGCUGUGCACAAUGCUCGAAAAGAAUCGAAGGAGCCUUCUUCUUCUGCUAUUGCUGUAGAGUUUAUUGUCACGACGAGUGCAUUAAUGGAGACGACAGGAUGAACCACAUCGAAGGGUCUUGGUGUUGCGGUAAAUGUCUGAUAAAAUGGGCUCAACAUGUAUCCUUGUUUAAUUAUGAUGGUGAAGAUCAGGAGGUAUUAAAGGAGAAAAGUGCUCUACAAGCAGAUACAUAUGCAAACAUGAGAAUAGAUGAUAAUUAUUUUGAACCCAGACGCAUUUCAAUAUUUCCAGGAAAUGCACGAACCUCAGCUCAAGAGCCUCGUGCUCAAAUAGAGUCUAACUCAAAUAAGUAUUCAACCGACCAAUGCAAUGCUCCUAAAAAUGUCAAUGAAGGAAAUACUCAAAAUAUCGUAGAAAUGUUUAAAGCAUUUCAAGAGCAACAGAAUCAAAUGAUGCAAACAAUGUUUUCAAAUUUUGCCUUAUUACUCAGCCAAAAUAAUCAGCAAUCUAAUCUUAAUCAAAACUACAAACAACCUUCUAGAUCAGAAAAUGAAUCUUUUGAACCCAAUACGUCAAAUAAAAAUGUAAGAGCCAACAUUCGAAAAUCCGAAAUUAACCGUCUAGCUAGGUCAGAGUCGACAGCACAUGAUCUAGAUGAAAUACUGGAUGAGGAAGCUGAGAUAGGUCGACGUAGGAGCGACCACGGAUUUAAAAAUGAAGUAAAUAAUAAUGAUAGUGCACUCAUUAUACUAGCCGAAAAUCAGAUAGCAGAAAAUAAGAAUUUCUGUUUGUCCGGAGUGUCGCGUAAAAAGCGAAGGAAUUUAAUUUCACAGAUAACAGUCACUAGAGAUUUGAAUAGGAAGAAUCAACAGUCAACUUCAAUUCGUUGGACCGAAAAAAUUGGCGGAAUCUUAGCCAUAUUGAAGAGACUUCAAAAACCCGAGGGUCAGUUGAGUACGGUCAGCAAAAAAGGUCACACAAAUAAUUAUAAUAAAAUAGAUAUUUUAAAUAAGUUAGUGCUUGCCAAAAAUAUUGUAAGUAAAUUAAAUAGUGAAGAUAAAGAAGUCAUUAAUGUGAAUAAAAUUUAA